UUGACCAUGAACGGUUCAAGAGAAUAUUUUUCUUGUGUCAUUUUGGCUGCCUAUCUCGUUAUUUUGGUUUCAAGUUUCGCACAAACAGAGGCCCAAAACACCCGAGUUGCUAAAAGUUUUCUUCGAGAUAAAGUCAACGCUUUUGGCUAUGCUAAAUUUGUCAAGCACGAAAAUACAGUGUURAACCUCACUGCAGUGUCUAGAGGAUACGUGAAUAAAGUCGGUGAAUGCGCAUAUCUAUGUGCUAAUUCUUCCAAUGGUUUUUCCUUCAACUUUUUCACAACUCUCGACAUGUAUGCACGACAUGUCUGUGAAAUCUUUGCCACUGACAAGUACCGGAGCCAAGACAGUUUCAUCUGCAAGACAGGAGUCAACCAUUACAGCAUUGCGAGCCCUUGCUCAUCUUUUCCGUGUCGAAAUGGAGGGACCUGUAGUCCAAAUUACGAAGAAGACACAUACAUUUGUGUGUGUAAGACUGGAUACUAUGGACAACAAUGCGAAACACCCGUAGAUCAUGUCAAAGAUCAUGCUCUMAUCGGAUACAGUUACAAAAAUCUCACCACGUCAAKUAUGAGGGAMUGUUUUCUKGCCUGCAUUGGGGAUUGUUUGUGUGUUGCCUACCAACGUUCUGGGGACUAUUGCGAGUUGUUGAACAAAGACAAACAUAUGGCUCCGAGUCAGUUCAUAGUCAAGGCAGGUUACAAGUACAACGAACUCAAACAAGCAUACAUACCAGAGAAAACCCCAAAAGGAUGCCCAUCAGUUUGUAAGGAUGGAUGUUGCGCGUUUUCCUCCUGUCUCAAUGGAGGAACCUGUGUGGAGUCCUGUUCUAAUAUUAAACAACGGUUCUACUGCCUCUGCCCAAAAGGUUUUGGCGGGAAGUUGUGCGAUAAGCCAAUGACCUGUGCCGCCCACGGGAAACAACCUUCUUCUGGGAAUUACCCGAUUGUUACCUAUAAUGGACAGGAAAUCAAUGUAUACUGUGAUUUUACUUCCACUCCUGGUGUCGUAUGGACCCUUUUAGAGUCAUUCUCGUUUGCCAACUAUUUGACAUUUCAAUCUCUGUCCUUUACUGCGACGUACCCUGUAAAUGAAGCACUGAUGAACUGGCAGUAUUAUCGUCAGUCGUAUUACGUAAUGCAAGAAAUCCGGUACAACGCGACUCUCUGGAGAUCCACCUGCAACUACCAUGAAGGAGGAUAUAACAGCAAAGAUUCAGUCAGAGGAUCGCUGUCAUACUUAGAUAUCCUAGCUCACACAGCUGGGUAUCUGUGUGUGGCUGUCGACUUCAUUGAUGUGCGCGGGAUAACUUGCAGUUCAUGCACUGUCGCCAUGUAUCAAGAUGCUAAUGUUCACCUCAACGUCGAGAGCAAUUCGGCUAAUCAAGGAUGUCAAUGGAACGGGCUUCCAGGCGCAAACUCAAAGAAAAUAAAAGGAAAGUGGUAUUACGAUAACUACUUUGGGAACUAUUACGUGUACAACACUGCCUUUCAGUGUUCUUCCUCGUCUUCCUCUACAACACAGUGGUGGCUAGGAACUCCGGUUUAACUAGAGAUUUCACACGUACAUGCCGAAUUUUUUAAUGAAGGAAGAAAACAAACCUCAAGACUUAUUUUCACACUAGUUCAUCUAGGCGUCCUUUUCCUUCUUUUUCACGUUCAGUUUACGAACUACUGUAAGGCCCUGGCUAAACGAGGAAACAUGUUUUCUUAAAUGUUUCCAAAGGUGGCAAAACUGUCAGGGAACAUCGGGAAACAUGUUUACUCAAUAUCGGUUAGCGGUAUCGUGUCUUUCGAAUACUAACCGUUACGUGACCAUUUCACGUUGUUUUCUCUCGCGUCUCGAUGUUUUCCACGGCGAAUACGAUGGAUCUUUGCCAUUGCACUCUCUGUCUCUUACAAUAGCAAUAGUUAGAUAUUUUCUGUCAAGAGACUUAGUUAACUAACAGUUUUAUUGAGCACGAACGUCGUAGGGAAAUGGCAGUUUCAAUAACAUUUGAUUUACUAUUGAACACGUUUGGUUUUUUCAUUGACAAUUACUGAGGAAUUGAAACUCUCAAGUUAUCAAGUUCAGUCUACAUGACUACAAACUGUAGCAAAGAAUAUGCCUGCCUUGGUUGCCAGGCUUGAAGAAAUA